AUGAGAUAUCCCAUUUCAGUACCAUCAAAGCAUUUUACACCUAUAUUAGCCAGCCUAGCCAAUGUUAAACCAUCAAUGUCACACAUUUAUAAAUUCAAACAUGUGUCUCGAUUCAGACAAAAGUAUGAAUCACGAGUAUCAAUAUUAAACCAGAUAAUACCUGAAGAAUUUAAAUUAAGUGAUUACUUUCUACUACACACCGUUAUGUUUUACGACGAUUUUAACUUGAUUUAUAAAGACCAAAACUUAAUCAAGGUUGAGAAACAAAAGGUUCUUUCGAUUGGAAGCGAUCUAUUGAUCCUAAGAUUAUUUGAUUAUUUGAUUAAACAACACAGUGGUUCCAAUAAUCCGAUUGAUGUCGUGUCUUGCGUGGAUCCACUGAGAAUCAACACAUUUUCUAUAAGGCAUGAGUUUAUCAACCAGUUUAAUAGAAUGCUUGAUUCUAAGGAUUCGCUCGAUAAGUACCAGUAUUGGGGAAAGAUAGACUCAAUAAAGAUUGAAAAAAAAACUAGACAUAAAUCGUUACUCAUGUUGAUUGGGUUGAUCUACUUCCAACAUGGAUUAAAGAAAAGUACGAAAUUUAUAAAUGAAUGGUGCAUCAAAGGCCGAUGGUCCAGAGUAGAAAAAUAUAACCACAAAGGCCUGGUCGAAAUCUAUACCGACAAAAAGAUGAAUAUCUUCUAA